AAUAGUUUAAGGAAUCUUUAUUUAUGCAUCAAACAAAUGGUCAUAACCUUUAUCUGAUUUUUGUUAAUCCAGAAAAAGCACAAACAGAAUAGGUUGAUGUUCCAAAACAAGUGGGAGUUUUACUUUUUGAUACAUUUAACAAAUGGGUACAAAAAAAGUCAGAUUGGAGCUGCAGAUCAAAGCUCAGAACUGUUCAAGGGACAAAUCAGCUGAUUCUAAUCAAAGGCGCACUGUAGUAGAACUACCAGAGCAGAGGUCACGUGGGUCAUGCAGCUGCAGAUAAUUACAGACAUCAGCAGUUCCAGGAUCAGUCAAAGCAUCUACAGCCCUAUAUUUUCCUGCAAGUCAUGUAAAACUUCUUUAGAUCAGCUCUGCCAUUCAGCCCAUUUUCCAUCCGAUACCAGGCAGAGAGAACAGGCUGAAUGAGAUCUGCUACACAUGGGGUGUUUUGGGACAACAGCAGUAAAUCCUGGGAACAGGAUUUCUAAGGUAUCUGCAGCUGGAGAAAAACGUAAGAGGAACUCACAACAGUUCCAGUAAAGGGGUGUUAUGUCCAAGGACACAUUUCCAUUCUCCUCUACCUCACUACGUUCUCUCAGACUGGAGCAAGAGCUCCAGGACUGGGAGGAUGAACGGCGAGCUUUGGCUAAUAGGAGAGCCAUGAUCAGGCCCCCACUGCCUCGGGCCCCCCGACUCCCUCCAAGGCAGCAGCGGCUCCAGGAGGUCAGAGCCCCUCCACCCCAGAUCCGCUGCAGAGACACAAGUGUCCACAACACCUUUAUGUUUGGGGACAUAAAAGGAGUUUACGCUGUGCUGAAGGACCCUGCGAUGGUCAACGCCCUGAUGGAGACAGUGCAUGAGGAGAUGGUGUGGGCUCCAGAAAUGGGCAUGUGGACCCUGAGCUCCAAGGUGAAACAAACAUCGGGCUUACGCCUGGCUGCCAGCCGGGGACACACAGCAUGUGUGGAGGAGCUGCUGUUCCGUGGAGCAGAGGUGAACGCCGACCCUGGAGGUAACACUGCACUCCACGAUGCCUGCAUAGGUGGCCACUCUGACUGUGUCCAGCUGCUGCUAUCCCAUGGAGCAGAUCCUGAGGUGCUGGCCGCAGAUGGCAGCACGCCUCUUCACCUCUGUACCUCUGCCCAGUCAUUCCAUGGUUUCCUCUGCUGCAGCUGUGCUAAGCUGCUUUUAGAAGGCGGCGCAGACAUCAACGUGAGGAGCAGAGAGUCGAGGCUCACACCUCUGCAUGUGGCUGCUCAACGAGGCCUGGAAGAGCACAUCGAGCUCUUUCUAAGCCAUGGAGCAGAUGUAUUAGCAACAAAUCGAGAAGGGGAGACCCCGCUGAACGCUGCAUGCUCUGGAGCCGAGAGGCCAUCUGAAGCUGGGAGGUACCGCCGUGUGAUCCAGAAGCUGCUGGAUGCAGGAGCCAAUCCCCAAACUGCUGGCAGGAAGCAACACACACCGCUGCACAACGCCUGUGCAAACUGCUGCCCCAGGAUUGUAGAUGUCCUUCUGCAGCAUGGAGCAAGGGCUGAUGUUGAGAACUGUGCAGGAUACACACCAAUGGACUGUUUGCUUCAGGUUGUGGAAGAUUACCCGACUCAGGAAUCUGAAGCCAUAGCACGAUCCCUUCUGAACUAUGGAGCCAAACCUGUUUCACCAAAGAUACUGAAACAGUUGACCUUCUAUCCUGAUGUCCUGGGGGUGAUGUUGAAUUCGUACACAUCUAUCCCACCCUGUGAGUGGUUAGACUCCCCAUCUCCUGACACGUUGCCCCAGGAGCACCUGCCGUUCUUCCGCUCAGUGCGUCAGUGGAGCGGUCAGCCUCGAUCCCUGCAGCAUCUCUGUCGAUGUGCUUUGCGUCAGCAUUUAGGAGCCCGGUGUCACUUAGCUGUCUGUAAUCUGGACAUUCCUGGCUCAGUGAGGGAUUAUCUGCUGCUCUGCAACAACGGGACACUCCAGUAAAUGUUGAUACUGCCAUAUCGACAGUGUUCUUGCAUUGAGCUAUUUAUGGCCUUUACAUCUUAAAAAUUAUUGUUAAGGAUUUUAAAUUCAAAUUGUGAUACAUGUUCUUUAUUAAAAGUCAUGUAAAAAGGCUGCAUGAUAGUACAGUGGAUAACACAGAUUCCUUAUAAUUUAAAUUAGCCUUGGUCCUCACACGAGAUGCUGUCCAGCCCUGAUAUACAGUGCCUUGGAAAAGUAUUCAUACCCCCCUGAACCUUUUCCCAUUUGUCACAUUAAUACCACAAAUAAAAAUUUGAAAGUG